CAAAGGGUUUGUGCACCCAGAACCAGUUUUAAAUACUUUUUUUUUUUUUUUAAAUAAAGUGUCUGAACUGUGCAACACUGGAACGAAAUCAAACCAAAGGUUCUGAAUCUAUGCUGCUUUUAAAUGGAAACGUAGUUGAAGAGAGCGGUGAUAGCUGGUCCGGAAAUCAGAGCCAUGAAGUAGGAUGAUUUAGGUUGCUACUCGCCUGGGUGCUCCUUCAACUGGGUCCCGACUCCCUCAGCAACACCGACUGUAGGAAAUUAUAUGGAACCAGCAAGAUGAACAAAAACAAAUUGAUUCAUGAUUUCCUUGAAGUGGUUUCAAGGGGUGAUGUGGAAUCCAUUUGUGUCCAUAUUCCUGAAGUCCACUCAACCCUUGGAAACCUUGACUUUCAGCAUCCACAGACCGGAAACACGCCCCUCAUUACAGCUGUGGAAGAAAACCUAGCAGAGGACGGUAUUAUUUUGCAGGUUGUUGAGUUUCUCCUAGAAAGGGGCGCGGAUAUCACCCUUUGCAACUUCAGCAAUCAAACUGCGCUCCAUGUGGCUAAAGGUGACAUCCAGAGACAGCUCUUGGCAGGCAAGGGAAUUCUGGCUCCCCAAACGCAGCUCCUACGGAGUUCUUGGCAAGGUGAUCUGGAACAGCUUCAACACCUGCUGGCAUGUGAAGAGUUCCUGGAUAUAAAUUUCCCCAACUCGCACGGUCUGACCCCUCUGAUGCUGGCUGUGAGAGAUGUGGACCUAUUUGAAAGUCUGGAUGGAUUAACAGUCUACAGACCUGAUGAAGUUCUAGCCGAGCUCCUCCGGCACCAUGCAGAUCCUAAGCUUUGUGACUUCAGUGGCAAGUCAGCAAUACAUUAUGUGUCACAAAUUGAGAGCUGGAGGAAGCAGCAGUUAUUGGACAUCCUGAUGAAUGCUAUGCCCAAACCAGAAAGACACGCUGAAUCACUGCUUGACAUCUGUCAUGAGGCAGGCUCCACUCCAAUGGAGAUGACAGUUUCCCAAACUGAAAACAUCACCUUGCAGAGCAUCAGCAGCAGUGAGGACUUUGACCUUGAAGAUGACUUCAGCCCGUCCAUCUUGGCUGGGGUGGGAACAGUUCCCAGGGGUGAAGGCUGGCCACGAAGGACUGAAGGUGUUGAGAUUAUCGUGACGUUCCCGCCAGGUCCUCCCCAAGAAGCAAGCCAAGAAGAUUUGAAAGAAAGCGAGGAAUGUCCUCCAAGUCAGGUGACUUCGGAGCAUGAGGAGUGGGAACAGGGGCAUCCCGUCUCUGGACCCAAUGAAGUGGAGAUGGGGGCCCUCACGGCAAGCAUGCUAACCACACAGCCUUCACUUCUGAAGACGGAAGGAAGUUCUCAGGAGCUCUGCGGUGCACAUGUGGCUCUCUCACCACCCAGACCUUGCUUAAGGCCAAACACUGCUGCAUCUGCAGCCAGGGAGGAGGCUCCUCAUGUUCUGAAAGUGCAGCAAGGGAAAUCGGAUGAGUUUCCUACCUCUGACAUGAGAUACAGUAACCGAAGAACAGAGCUUCCUCUGCCACCACUAUCACUCUUGCCCAUGAGGUCCUGUAUCUUCAACAUGGAAGAAAGCCCCACGUUCCCGAGGCACAGGGAGAGAAAGGUUCCCAGCCUUAGCCUGUCUGUGCCUAAGCUCCUGGAUCCUCUUGGCCAACCUCUUAGCCGGUCUGCUGAGUUUAGUUCAUCAACGAACCAUCAAGAAGUCACGUGGGAAGAGCCAGCAGAACACACCCUCAGGGCUUCCGAUUGUGCCAUCUGGUCUAGAAACUUAUGCUCUUUCCGGAAGAGCGGAAAACAGGGGGGAGUAGCGGAGAGUUGGCAAUCUCAGGAAAUGAAAGGGUGGGACAAAACUGAAACCUCUGGCUUUGAAGAAGGGCCAUCUUUGUUCUUCUGUGAGAGUGUCAAGGAAGAUAUUACUCCUACAGAGAGGGAAAGGGAUAGUGGGUGCCAUGUUAGUGAAAUGAGAAGGGGGGGAGAGGACUCCCAAUAUCUUUCACCAAGAAAAAAAGAGAGUUUGACAGCCAGAGAGGCUGAGCAAGAUGCAGGGGUUGAGCGAGAUUCAGGGGUUGAGGACACCAUUCUCGGCAAGUUCCUGGAAGCCUCGAAUUCAGAAAUAGCCCCAGCCGAGGAGAAAGAGAUCGGAAAUGAGAACGUUUCUGACUCCAAAAGCAAUUCUGUACACAAAGCUGGAGCAAUGGAGCCACCACCAGUGUUAGAAGAGGUUAGCGUUCCUAAGAACGUACCAGGUGUGAACUCCGAUGGCCCCACUGAAGAGCUCCUGGGAGGUCAUAGAGACACAGACCAGAACAGAAAAAUACCAAUAGAGGAAGAAACAAAUCCAGAAACGAAUGGGGUGGUGCCACCUAUUCAUAUCACAUUCCCUGGAGAAGGAACAUCCAAGGGACCCGCUAGAUCCAAACCAAACCUCCAAAGGAGAAAGCACCCGGCGCAGAACAGCAAUAGCUUCAACACACUUGCUCAACAAGAACACGACAGACUCCAGACAAACACUCAUAGAGCCAAGCUGGGUUCAAGGACCAAGGCCAGGAGCAGGCCACCUCCUGAUCUCAUGGUUUCCAUCCAAGCGUCCGUUAAACCUACCAUGCAUAAAAACAGCAUAAAAACUCAAGUUUUCCCCGCUUUGGAGCUUGUGGACCACAGACCUCAUCCGCCAUCCAAGUUUCAGAGGCGAUCACCUCUGACAGAAAAGAAGUCAACGCAUCAGAGCCAGAAACCUAAAAAGCAAGCAUUCCCUCGAAUCUGUAAAAAUGCAGGCAUGAAAAAGCCAGGCGUUCCCCUCUCUGUCGAAACAACAGAUCCGAGACUGCACUUCCUGGACUUGAAGUACAGUGACAUGUUCAAAGAAAUCAACUCAGCCUCCAAUGGACCGGGCAUCUAUGAGAUGUUUGGAACCCCUGUUUAUAGUCACAUUCGAGAGGCGGAAAGGCACGACCCCGGGUGUUACCGUGAGAUAUGCACGGCUCCAUCAGGCCGAUGUGUCCUUAAUAAGGUUCAGCCUUCCCAAAGUGACAGGGGCAGCAACAGCAGAGCCAGACUUCUUCAGAAGAGACCACACGUUAAACCCUCAAAGCCGUCGCUUGCUCUCAGGCAAAAGCAUAGAGUGUUAAUUCCUAAAGGUAAGGGUUGCAAGGGUCUGGGGGGCCACAGCGAGGAUAGCGUUUCAGAACCAGAUUGGCAGAUGAAAUCUUCAGGAAAUGACUUUCUGUCCUCCAGAGGCGAAGCUCAACUCACGACGCACUUGAUCCCGAUCCCUGAGCUCUUCCCCGAACAGAAAGAAACCCCUCCCGUCUCAGAUCUAUCCAUUGCUGAGGAAAUCCCAGAGGAGUGUGCAGACGAAGACGGCAUUCUCAACAGUGAUAGUCUUACCCAAAGCCUUGGGGAUCUGAAAGAGCUCAAAGGGCUGCACCCCGAGACCCCGCUUGUUCCUUCAGAAAACAGCUGGGCUGUGCUCAGCGAGAAGCAUUCAGGCAAGCACGUGUCAUCAGACAAACUAAAUGCUGACCAGAGGUUCACGGGUUACCUGGAGUUCGAUAGCCUUUCAGAUAAGUCUAAAACACUGAGCUUUUCCAGUUUCUCUUUCCAGGAGAACCCAGGAAGCGCACCUUCCCCAACAGAACAACACUGGGCCCGUUCUCUGGAUCAGGAUAGCUUAGAAAAUAACUCCUCCACCGCAUAUCAAACGUUUGGAAAGAUUUCCCAAAAAAUCUUUCCCAAGGAAAGAUUAGACCCAGGAAAGAACGAAGAAUUGACAGACGAGUUGCUAGGUUGUCUGGUCGAAGAACUGUUAGCGCUCGAUGAGAAAGAUAGCAGCUCCUGCCAAAUAACGACAAAUGAGGCAGAUGCCAAAAGCCUGAAUCUUGUCUUCAGUAGGAGAGUCAAUACCAUCGAAGAGCUGGACAGAGAGACAACAGAUGUCAAACUACAGAGGUGUAUUAAUAGAUUCCGGAUACAUGAUGAGGAAAAUUUUCUUACCUCAAAUGAAAAGAAGACACUUUCUGACAAGAGUUUAAAACAUGAAGAGGCUGUAUUCUGGACCAAGGGUGAGAUCCUUGGGAGAGGAACCUAUGGCACAGUAUACUGUGGGCUCACCAGCCUUGGGCAGCUAAUAGCUGUAAAACAGGUGGCCUUGGAUACUUCUGAUAAGCUGGCUACUGAGAAAGAAUACCGGAAACUGCAGGAGGAAGUGGAUUUGCUGAAGGCACUGAAGCACGUAAACAUAGUGGCCUAUCUAGGGACUUGCUUGGAGGAGAACACCCUGAGCAUCUUCAUGGAAUUUGUCCCGGGUGGUUCCAUCUCUAGUAUAAUAAACCGCUUUGGGCCACUGCCUGAGAUGGUGUUCUGUAAAUACACCCGACAGAUCCUGCAAGGUGUUGCGUAUCUCCAUGAGAACUGUGUGGUACAUCGAGAUAUCAAAGGGAACAACGUCAUGCUCAUGCCAACUGGAAUAAUAAAGCUGAUUGACUUUGGCUGUGCCAAGCGUCUGGCUUGGGCAGGCUUCAACGGUACCCACAGUGACAUGCUCAAGUCCAUGCGUGGGACCCCAUACUGGAUGGCCCCGGAGGUCAUCAAUGAGUCCGGCUAUGGAAGGAAAUCAGAUAUAUGGAGCAUUGGCUGCACCGUGUUUGAGAUGGCCACAGGGAAGCCUCCCUUAGCUUCCAUGGAUAGGAUGGCAGCCAUGUUUUACAUUGGAGCCCACAGAGGUCUAAUGCCUCCUCUGCCUGACCGAUUCUCAGAACCUGCUGCGGACUUUGUGCGUUUGUGCCUGACCAGGGACCAGCAUGAGAGACCUUCUGCUCUCCAGCUCCUGACGCACUCCUUCCUGAAGAGAAGCCAGUGAGCAGGCACCAGCUUUCCACUCUAAACCCGCAACCCUUGCUUUGCUGUGGGGAAUGAUGGUUGAGGCACUUGUUUUCCUAUUGUAAAUCCAACCUAGCCCUAUUUAACCAGAUCCUGCAGCAUUAUUGCAAAGUUUUAGUUAUGUACCGACCUUAAAUUUCAGGCACAACUGCCUUUACGCAUGAGAAGAACAAUUUCAUAAUAUUAAGAAACCUACCAAAAACCCCAUUCCAGUGUUACAAUUUUGAUUGCUCAAAAACUAUCUCUACCUAUUAAUAUACUUCUUUUAGUUUUUUUUAGUUUUUUUUUUUUUUUUUUGAGACAGGAUCUCACCACAUGGCCCUGGCUGUCCUGGAACUCACUAUGUAGACCAGGUUAGCCUUGAAUUCAGUCAUCUAUCUGCUUCUACCUCAGAGUGCUAAAAAUUAAAGGCGUGAGCCACCACACCCAGCUUAGUUCCUUUGUUUAAAAUAAACUGCACACAUUUUGCCU